GUGGGGGCCUUGAGGAGUGGGCCGGUGUCGGGAGAGGGAGGAGCCUGCACGCGAAGGCGGGCCAGGCCAGGGGAGGGAGCGAGGAGGGGGUUAACCGACUCCAGUUCGAUCCGUGGCCUGUCUCCUCCUGGGCUUUGCAGAACAGACGCGUGGUCUUGCCGCCAUCCUCUGUAUCCCCCACUGCUGAGGAUGGCAGGAGGAGCACAGCCUUGGGAGGGGCGGGGGAACCUGAGGACCCCAUCUCUCCUGUCACUGGCAACUGGCCUUGCAUGUCCACACACUCCCCUCUGCCUACACCUCUCCUCUCACUGUCUUGGGAGUGGCCUGUGUUGGGAACCUGCCUCUCCCAGCUGGGUGGCUGUCCUCUUAACAGUCAGCCUGCAAACGAGGGCCAAGCACCCUACCAGAGUUUUCCACUAACACUUGCUUCCCAUUCAGAGUCGGUUGAUUGAGGCCCCAUGUGGGACACCUGUCAAAAUCUGAUCACGUCUCACCUCUUACAAUUGCUUUUAGUUUCCUUCCUCCACCCCUACCAAAACCAAAAUCAUCCUAACUCAGGAGAAGGAGGUCAUCAGUGGGCUUCCGUCCCACAAACACUGACCCCUGCUCAAGCCUUGGUUUCCAUGGAUGGUGAUGCAUGUAAGGGCCUGGUCUUAGUGGGUCUGCCAAUCUACAGUGUUGUGGGUUUCUUUAAAGCCUAAUGCCAGACAAGGACUUGUGACAUUCAAGACCUUGGAAUGGGUCCUGGGCCUUCAAGGCAAGUGACCAGUCACCCAGGCUUUGGUGUGGUUGAUUCUUAAGGCUUUUUAGAGCUAAACUCUGGGCUGAGAUUUUUACUUCCCUUGAGGAAUUCUGGGAUUUGUAGUCCUAAAUUAACCUCAUGGCUUUUGAAGCUGAGAAACACAGCAGGCUGCUCUGAUCUUCUGGCUUGCUGAGAGUUCAGAAAGUCAUCCCCUCCUGUAGUCAGGGGAGAGUUUGGCUGACCUCAGGGACUGGCCUGGACAGCUCUGAUUAGGUACCAGCUGGGGGCUAGGGAUAGUCUGUAACUUGUCUUCCUUCUGGUUGGUAGCAUUUCUGGGGACCACCAGCUGGCUGAGGCUCAGGGACAGAGACGGCUGCUCCAGCUAAAGUGGCCUCGGAUCCCGCGUGGGCUGUGGAGUGGAUCGAACUUCCUCGUGGCCUCUCCUUGUCCUCCCUGGGAUCUGCUCGGACCCUCCGAGGCUGGAGCCGAUCAUCCCGUCCUUCCUCCGUGGACAGCCAGGACUUGCCAGAGGUGAAUGUUGGAGACACAGUCGCAAUGCUGCCCAAGUCCCGGAGAGCCCUAACCAUCCAGGAGAUCGCUGCGCUGGCCAGAUCUUCCCUGCAUGGUAUCUCCCAGGUGGUGAAGGAUCACGUGACUAAGCCUACGGCUAUGGCCCAGGGCCGAGUGGCUCACCUCAUUGAAUGGAAGGGCUGGAGCAAGCCCAGUGACUCACCUGCUGCCCUGGAAUCAGCUUUUUCCUCUUAUUCAGACCUCAGCGAGGGUGAACAAGAAGCCCGCUUUGCAGCAGGAGUGGCCGAGCAGUUCGCUAUUGCAGAAGCCAAGCUCCGGGCGUGGUCUUCAGUGGAUGGGGACGACUCCACUGAUGACUCCUAUGACGAGGACUUUGCUGGGGGAACUGACACAGAUAUGGCUGGGCAGCUGUCUCUGGGGCCCCACCUCCAGGACCUCUUCACUGGCCGCAGAUUCUCCCGGCCUGUGCGCCAGGGCUCCGUGGAGCCUGAGAGCGACUGCUCGCAGACCGUGUCCCCAGAUACCCUGUGUUCUAGUCUGUGCAGCCUAGAGGAUGGGUUGCUGGGCUCCCCGGCUCGGCUGACCUCCCAGCUGCUGGGUGAAGAGCUGCUCUUUGCCAAACUGCCCCCCAGCCGGGAAAGUGCCUUCCGCAGCCUGGGCCCAUUGGAGGCCCAGGACUCACUCUACAACUCGCCCCUCACAGAAUCCUGCCUUUCCCCUGCUGAAGAGGAGCCUGACCCUUGCAAGGACUGCCAGCCGCUUGGCCCUCCGCCCAUGGGCAGCUGGGAACGGCAGCGGCAAGCCUCUGAUGUGGCCUCUUCUGGGGUGGUGUCCUUAGAUGAGGAUGAGGCAGAGCCGGAAGAACAGUGACCCACAUCAUGUCUACUGAUGGCAUGUGUCCCCUGGCUGCUGCUGGGGGCAGAGCCUCCAUGCCCAAGUGUGGGCUCAAGGCUCUCAGCCUAGAGGGCUCCUGGGAGCACUCACUUCUCGUUGUGUGUUUUGCAUGAAAGUGUUUGGAGAGGAGGCAGGGGUCGGGCUGGGGGCGCAUGUCCUGCCCCCACUCCUGGGGUUUGCCGGGGGUUGCCCGGGGCCUCUGGGGCAUGACUACAGCUGUGGCAGACAGUGAUGUUCAUGUUCUUAAAUCCAAAAUGCCACAUUUCCUCCUCGGAUGAUGUGAACCCCUUAAGGGGGUUGCUGUGACUGGGUUGGGGGGUGGAGUGGGAGGAAAAGCCUGGCCACCUCCUCCCCCCAACCCUCCAUGAACCUCUCCUUCGCUUCUCUCCUCACCUUCAAGUCCAUGUGCAGUGCUUGAUAGAACCACCUCCACCUGGGGUCUGGUUCCUGCCCUCAGGAGCCUACAGAUUGAGCCGUCCCCUGAGGGCCCCUUGCCCAGCUGGGCUCUGCUGUGUCUUCAUCGUCUCUAAACCUUCUUCUUUCUUCCUGAAGACCGAGGGUUUCUGGUCUGUUCUUUCAGUCGGAUCUUCUCUGGGAGGCAUUGGAAUGAUGAAAAUGUGUGCCCUCCAUCCUUUUCUGGCCCCGCCAUGAAGCCUGGGCCCUUUCCCAGCCCUCUAAGGAUGUGUGGGCACAUGCAGAGUUCUCUGGAGGGUGGAGCUGGAAGAACAGAUAGCUCUGGUUGCUACAGAGCUCUGACUUGAAUGUUCUUCCAGAGUGGGCCACAAGGGGGCCACAGAGAUGGCAGGAAGCUGUCAGCUGAUGCCUGCACCUGGUCAGAAUUGUGCCAAUGAGUGAUGGGAGGGAAUAGUGCCUUUCUUGGCUGAACGGAAGGCCACAGCCACAGUACUAGGGGCCCUGCCCCAGCCAGUAUGUUAAUGACCAGGCAGUGAUGGCCUCUGGCAGAUCACGCAUUCCAAGGACACUGGGUUCUAGAUGGCUAUGGGGAGGGUAAGUGACUGCAGAAUUAGAAGCCUUAUAGGCUUUGUCAGGUAAGAGGACCCAAGGUAAGAACAACAGCUUACAGGCACAAACAUUCUAUAUAUAAGUGGCUCAUUAGGUGUUUAUUU